CCUCGACCUCGACGCACGCCCGUCCCUGCGACUGCCCUCGCUCGCCUAUCCCGCUCAGCAGCUCCGGCUGGUCUUAUCCGUUCUCUCACCCGGGCUGCACAUCUCCCAUUUUCCUUCUGCUUUCCCUUCCUUUCCCCUCUCUUCUUUCCCUUCCAGGCCGUCUCUAUCCUCCAUCCCAUCCACCCGACUCGUCUCCCCCUCCCCACCACCGAGUCUUCAAUGGCCACCACAGCGAGGCAACCCAAGCCCCAGCGCAAGGGAGGCGUACCAGAGCCCGCCGCCAGGCGAGCUCCGGCAUGGUCGAAUGCACGCGCCUCCCCGACCUAUUCUCCGAGCAACGCCAACGCCCGUCUUCCCAAUGGGGCUCCCGCCGCGAGCCCAGGCGCCUUCCCGCCCUUGGGCCAACCGAACGGCGCGAGCAACACUCCGCCCCCAAGGCCGCAGGACGGUGCCCCGCAAGACCGUGUCCUUUCUCAGCUUUCUGGCCUUAUUGGAACCACUAUCACCCUGACCACGAAGACCCACGUGCGCUACGAGGGCUCCGUCGCCUCAACAAGCGGCGAGGGCGACACUACCGGCGUCACCCUGCGCGACGUGAAGGAAAUUUCGAACCCCGGCGCGCCCCUGCGCGAAACACUUUUUAUUGCGAGCACCAACAUUGACCAAUGGAGCAGCGGGCCUGCGGAUGCUAAGCCGCCGACCACUAACGGUGACAGUUUCAAGAGCGACACCGACAUCAGCAAAACCGCCGGGCAUCGAGAACGCGAGCUCCAAGCCUGGCAGCCGACGGACGACACGUCCGCAUCCACCGCGCCGGCGGGCGCAUCAGGUGCCGCGCCGAACGGUGGGACGCGAGACGACAUGACGUUCGGGCCGGGGGCAGCGAACGGAGGCGCGUGGAAUCAGUUCGAGGCGAACGAGCGGCUGUUCGGCGUGAAGGCGAACUUUGACGAGGACCUGUACACGACGAAGCUGGACAGGAAUGCGCCGGACUUCAAGGAGCGCGAGCGCCGGGCGGCGGUCAUCGCGAACGAGAUCCUGCAGAGCCAGACGAGCAACGUGCACAUCGCGGAGGAGCGCACGAAGGACUUCGUCGGGGAGGGCAAGGACGAGGAGGAGAAGUAUGGUGCUGUGGUGCGCGGCGCGAACGCGUAUGUGCCCCCCGGCGCGCGCAAGGUCGGGCAAGGCGGUCCCACCCCUCCUGCGGGCGCGAAGCAGGACAUCCCGCGCGUGGCUGUCAACUCGCCGGACGGAACGGCGGUGCCUGGCGACAAGGAGAAGGAGAAGGAGAAGGCCGCUGACGCUGCGAAGACAGGAUCGCCUGCCCCUGGCGCGAACAAGCCAACGGCGGACGCGGUGCCUGCGUUCCGGGACUUCGUGUCGAACGAGAAGGACCGGUUGAUGAAGAAGAAGCAGGCGCUGAUGAAGAACGAGAUGGAGAGGCGGAUGGCGGAACUCGUGAAGUUCAGCCAGAGCUUCAAGCUGAACAAGCCCAUCCCGGAAGACCUUGUGCCGAUUCUGGCCAAGGACGAGGAGAAGCAGCGCCAGAUCAAGGAGAAGUCGACCAAGGACGCCGAGUCUACGCAAGCCCGCGCAAUCAGCACCUCCGCUACGCUCACCGUGUCGCCCUCCGCGAGCCGCGCGCUCGGAUCACCCGCCGUCCCCGCAAAUCCGCCGUCGUCGGCGAAGCCGCCCGCCGCUGCCCUAGGGAAGAACGCCUCUGCGGCUUCGAAGCCCGCGGCAGGCAAGGAGCAGGGGAAGGGGAGGAUUCCGAUGGUCAUCCAGUCGAUCCCGCCCUUUAAGGGGAAGCGAGCCCCUGCGCCUGCGCCUGCGCAUGCGCAGAGUGCGGCGGUGCAGAGCCAGAGACAGGGUAUAGCAAGUCCGCUGAGCCCGACGGCUGUGAACAGGUUGAACGUGAACGCGUCCUCGUUCAGGCCGACCGUCAAGUCGGUGUCUCCGCCCGGCGGCUCGCCGAACCCGAACGGCACGUCGUCGUCGACUGCGUCGCCGAAGGUGAAGGCUGCGGAGGGCUCUGCGUCUCCGACGCAGGGCCCGCCGAACCCGUUCUUUGGCACGAGGCUUCCGAAGAAGGGCAUGGUGGUGCAUAUGAAGGAGGACUUCAACCCGUUCAAGCACCACAAGGUCACCGACGCCAACCAAGUCGGCGCGACCUGGCCGUACUCGGGCAAGCGUUACAUGCAUAUGUUCCCGCCACUACCCCAGCCUCAGCAGCAGUCCCCGCCUAUGGCACACCCGCCCCCUCCCUCGAUGCAGCCCCCGCCGCCGUACGAGCCGCCAGAAGACGCGGCCGCGCAGGCUGCGACGCGCGGAUACGUCUACGCGUACCCUCAGUACUACCAUGGUCAGUAUGGCCAGCCGAUGAUGCCCGGCAUGGCGCCCCCUCCGCCUGGCGCAUAUAUUCCUGCUGGACCACAGUUCAUGCAGCCUAUGCCUUAUCCACAUAUGCCUCCAAAUGGGAUGUACCCUGGUGCGCCUAUGGGACAGAUGCCCCCCCCACAAGCCUACAUGCAGCAGGCUCCACCUGGUUACCCUGUGCCGCCGAACGGCGCCGGCCACCGCCCAUCUAUGCCCCCUACACCUAUUCCCUCUCACGCUCACCCAUACUACCAGCAAAGUCCACAGCUACAACAUGCUGUGCCCUACCAGAUGAUGAUGCCUCCCCCCGGACCGCAUCACUCGUACGACCCCUCGCAGGCUCCGCCUGUGUCCAUGGGCGGCGUUGGCCACGCCUAAGCUCAUGUGUGAGGCCAGUCGGUUUGCUUCGUCUGUCCAUACUGCCUGCUUCAGUGCGCACUGCUGAGGUUGUGGCGGAGCCUCAGGUGCUCUGCGACGCGAGCGAGGUACGGUCCUGUAUGUACGAUCGCUGCGAUCCGGUGUUGUCUUUCGGCUGUCAUGUCGUGUUGUUCGCUGCAAUUUGUUGUGAUGCAAUGCAAAACAAUAAAAAAGCAUGGGACCUCCCCAUGGGUAUGCGGAUCGGAA